AUGGCAUUGAGAACUGGAGGCACAGAAGACAAAGAUAAUGGGUUAAGGAAAAGUUAUGAGAGAGCAACUACAGGGGCAGCAUUUGAGCACCCAAACCAGAGGCAGAAUCCCGAGCGCUUUUGCAGAGCGCAGUGUUGGCGGUCCCUCCCCGCCCAGCUGUGUGGAAGCAGCACCUGCGAGCUGGCGGCUUGUGGUUUGCUUGAGAAAGAUCUCCCAAAAGUGACUGCUGAAGGGGAAGGCGGCCAAAAGGACCGUGCAAAGGUGGCCCGAGAGAUCGCAAGACCCAAGGUUCUUUCAUGGAGAGAAAGCGAGUGUUGCCAGAGCGCGCUUGAAGGAUGCAAGAGGGUGCGCUCCUGCCCUGCCCUGCCCUGCCUGGGGCGGGCUCUCGGGGCAGCCGGAGGGACCCCGGGCCCGGCCCCGGGCAGGCUGUGCGGGAGCAGGGAGGCGGAACGGGGAGCGGGGAGGCGGAACGGGGAGCAGGGAGGCGGAACGGGGAGCGGGGCUGCGCAUCUUCCGCCAUUUAAAAAUGACUGUGUUCUUUCCGUCUCUCUUUUUGUUUAGAUAUUAAGAAGAGCAAACAAGAAUGAUGAUGGAAAACUGUCCUUUGAUGAAUUCAAAGCUUACUUUGCUGAUGGAGUUCUGAGUGGAGAAGAACUGCAUGAACUUUUUUGCACCAUUGAUACACACAAUACUAACAAUCUUGGCACAGAAGAGCUCUGUGAUUAUUUUUCAAAGCACUUAGGAGAGUAUGAAAAUGUUCUAUGUGUCUUGGAAGACCUAAAAAGCAUACUGAAGGCGAUGGACAAAACAAAGAAAGAGUAUCAGGAAGCUUCCAAUUUGGAGCAGUUUGUAACUCGCUUUCUUUUGAAGGAGUCACUGAACCAGCUGCAAUCCCUCCAGAGCUCCCUGGAGUGUGCCAUGGAAACCACAGAGGAGCAGACCUGGCAGGAGAGAAAAGACCCAACAAAACCAGAAGUGCUCUCAGUUCAGUGGCCAGGAAAAUGCUUAGCUAGAAGGCUUCAGAGGAACAACAGCCUGUCAUCAAAUAACCCUUACUCUAGCACAGGUUGGAUUGAGGAAGACAGCCAAUGGGUGAUCCAGAUAAACAGACUCCAGAAGCUAAUUGAUAGACUGGAAAAGAAGGACCUAAAGCUUGAGCCACUUGAAGAGGAAGUAUUGGAAGAAAAUGCAAGAUCUGUAACACAUAAUGAUCAGCAUCAAAUGUCUGUGAUAGAAGAAAUGGAAGAACUCCGUCUUGCUCUGAAGCAGUACGUGGAAUCUGCUUCUGCUCAAGGUGGCUGCUUGCAUUUUUCCAUACAGAAGCUUCCAAGUAAUUUGUACUUCAAUGUGUAUGAGUUCUGGGAAAACAGCAAUAGCUGGAAUAGCCACCUUCAAAGGAAUUACAACAAGGCAUUCCAAAGAAGAAAGGUGGACUUCUUGGAAACCCCAGAGCUCAUCACAACAAUGCUAGUCCCUGCAUCGUGGUGGGUCCUCAAUAACAACUAG